CGCGGCCGGGGGGCUCUCGGCUGGGUCCCCGCUGCCUGCGAGCCGCUUGGCGCAGGGCCAGGCUCCGGCGUGGCUGGCGCUGAGGCGUAUUUGCGCAGAUAAUGGCGCUGGUGUGUACACGUAGGGCGAGCUCUGGGGCGCUGGGCGUUAAAGCGGGCAGCGGCGGUGGGGAGCGAGCCCUCUGCCGUGCUGGCCGCAGCGCAGUGAGCUGGGGGUCGUGGUGUGUGUUAACUAUACACACUCUCAUCUCAGUUGCCUUUUUUCUUGAGCUGUGGGUUUGACACAGGUUAUGGCAUAGAGAGGUGUUCUGGAGAUUCUUGUUCUGAUGCUGGCAAAAUACCUGCUUCGUAUUUCAUAUUUUUUUUUGUUUCCUUUCCACGUCACAGCCAUUGAUAUGGAGUUUACUGGGUUAUAUUCAACUGCCACCCAAAAUAACAAGCCCAGCCUGUUUGAUUCCCCUGUGGAACUGUACUUGAAGGCCAGGCAGAGCAUUCAGCGCUUCACUGUUACUCAGCUUGGGCUGGCAAUAUUCUCAAAUGAAAAUUCGAACAAUUACGGAUGUUGAAUUUGCCCUCUCUGCAUCUAGCAUUCAGUUCCUGUCUCAUUAUGGCUUUGACUAUAAUAAGUUCCUCAAAGAUGGAAUCCCAUACAUGAAUGAGGUACAGGAGAAGAUCUUUAGCCAGCAUCUCUUAGCGGGUAGCUGGAACAUCAGCAGUGUUGUGAACAGGGAUGUGCUGAAGAAAGCUAUUGAUGAAGUGACCUGUUGGGUGGGUGCAGCAGAGGAAGAGGAGACUCUGAUUCUGCAGGAUCUGAGCGGCUAUCAGGUGUUUGAAGUUCAGCUGGUUCUGAGACAAGCUCUCCAAAAUGUUUGGACACAACCUCUUGGAGACAAGAAGGUAAUGGUGAAAAAAGUGAGUCCACAGCAUCGUUGGCUUCUGGAGAACUCUCCUUAUGACUCCUGCCGGAAGGAGCUCAUUCUCCUAUCUGCCCGGGGCUUCACUAACCUCUUCCAGACACUUGUUAAAGCCAAGAAGCCCCUGGUGGGACAUAACAUGCUUAUGGACCUUAUGCAUCUUCAUGACAAGUUCUACAAGCCCCUUCCAGAAAGCUAUGAGGAGUUUAAAAGAAACAUUCACAACCUGUUUCCUGUCCUCAUAGACACCAAGACUGUAACAAAAUCUGUCUGGAAGAAGCAUCCAUUUCCUCGAGUAUCUAACCUUUUGGAGAUAUAUUCAGUUUUGUGUAGCAGCAACCUGAAUUCCAAAGAUUCAGCAUGCCCAGUGAUAACUCCUGCAAGUGACUGCUCAAGAUAUGCUGAGAAGAAAUGUCCUCAUGAGGCAGGCUAUGAUGCAUUUCUCUGUGGUUCAGUUCUUCUGAAGUCGGCUCAUUUGCUACUGUGCGGAUACACAGAUGAUGCAGUGGAGGUUGAUUCUUCUUUCUCUCGAUAUCUCCCCGUGUUAGCAGAGUAUCUGAACAAAGUGAACGUCAUCCGAGGUGGUGUUGCUAGCAUUAAUUUUUCUGGGGAAGAUGCUCCCUGUCAGCGUCCGCCUCUCUUGGUUGUCCAUGUCCGAGGCUGGUCAGGGCUGAAUGAAAGGCAGAUUCGCCAAGAGUUUAAAGCAUUUUGUCACUUUGAUGUGAGACGGCUUUCAAAGGACCAGUUCCUUCUUCUCUCCAAUAAAUUUAAGCACGUCAGACGCGUUCUGCGAGAUGCUAACCAUCCCCCUCGCCUGGGGGUAUCCAUCUACCGCCACUGGAGACACUCUCCGAGCAUCAGCUGCCUGCUGCAAGUCUCUGGUAUUGUGGCACUCUGGUCUCUCUUGGCCUUUGUACUCGGAGGAGCUCCCUGCUGUUCAUUCUAAAGGACUGCCUUACAGAUGGGGCGUGAGGAACGCAGAUUUUUUUGUGUUUGUCUAUGUUUUGUUUUGUUGUAUUUUGCUCAAUAAAUAUGUGGGGGCAAAAAGCUA